GUAAGGCCAGCUGGGUUGAGUGUCAAACAUAAACAUUCACUUCUUGGACUAUUUAACUUGAAAUUAAUUAAAUAAUAGUGAAAGAAAAAAGUCUUUUUACCCCAAAAUGGGUCGAAGGAAGUCAAAGCGGAAGCCACCACCGAAGAGGAAGGCAAUCCAGCCACUGGAUCAGCAAUUCAACUGUCCUUUCUGCAAUCACGAAAAGUCUUGUGAAGUAAAAAUGGAUAAAAGUCGAAAUUCCGCAAGGAUAACGUGUCGAGUUUGUUUAGAAGACUACCAGACGACGAUAAACUUCCUAUCGGAACCAAUUGAUGUCUACAAUGACUGGGUUGAUGCUUGCGAAUAUGUGAACAAGGCAAACUAAAGGUCAACGUUUUAUGCUAUAGGAAUCUGCAUAAAAAAUGCAUUGAGAAGUGCAGCGAUUAAAAAAAUCAUUUUCUUUAAACAUUCAACAAUAUAUAUUAAAUUCUGACGAGAUAAUCGCA